AUGGUCCCUUCACUGAUCUCCCUCGAAGAACACUUCUUCUCUCAAGCCAUGCUCUCUGGGUCGACGGAAAAGUACUCCGAACAGCUCAAACACAUCCCUGGCCUCGCCGACAAGCUUGCAGACGUCGGCGACCUACGCCUCCAAUUCAUGGAAGGAGGCCAAAUCUCCUUUCAAAUCGUCUCCCACGCACCCGGAGCCAUGUCUCCGUCUCAAUGCAAAUCUGCCAAUGACCAACUUGCACAGGCUGUCAAGAACCACCCCGAUCGCUUCGCUGGAUUCGCCGUCCUCCCAGUCUCGGACCCCGAGCGAUGCGCUGGAGAAUUGACCCGCUGCGUGAAAGACUUGGGCUUCGUCGGCGCCUUGAUCGACAAUCAUGCCGAAGAUGGCUCCUAUUACGAUGGCUCCGAAUACUUCCCCAUGUUCCAGGCGGCUCAGGAUCUCGACGUGCCCAUUUACCUGCACCCGACCUGGCCGACGGAUAUCAUGAUGAGCACAUUCUACAUGGGCAAUUUUCCCAUGGCCGCAUCGAAAUCCAUCAGCGCCUCCGGCUUUGGCUGGCACUCCGACGUUGCGACACAUGUCCUCCGCCUCUUCGCCGCGGGGCUCUUUGACCGUCUACCCCAGUUGAAGAUUAUUGUCGGGCAUAUGGGCGAGAUGCUGCCUUUUAUGCUGCAGCGCAUUAUGCAGCUAUCUCUGCGCUGGGACAAACGGGAUCGCGACUUCAAACAGGUCUGGGACACGAACAUCUAUAUCACGACGAGUGGGAAUUGGAGCGUGGAUCCCAUGGCGUGUAUACUCCGCAAUACGAAGAUCGAUCAUAUCUUGUACAGCGUGGAUUACCCCUUCGCGAGGAACGAGGAUGGGCUCAAGUUCAUGCAAGACCUCGAAAAGAGUGGCCUUGUGACGGAGGAGCAAAUGGAGAUGAUUGCCUACAAGAAUGCUGAAACGUUGCUGGGUGUCAAGGCCACCAAGAGAUAG